UGAUUCGUAAACAAAAACAAUGGAAACUUGGCUCCUCAUCCUUCUCACGUCCGCCAUUGUUGCUCUUCUCAAAGCUUUGUUCAAUCUCUUUUCCCCUUCGGAAAAGCCUCCAAAAGCUCUGCCUCCGGGCCCUUCCACUUUUCCUCUCAUCGGCAACAUCAUAUGGCUCACCAAAUCAUUCUUCCAAAUCGAACCCAUUCUCCGCUCCCUCCACUUGAAGCUCGGUCCCAUGGUCACUCUCCACAUCGGUUCUCGUCCCUCCAUUUUCAUCUUCGACCGCUCCCUUGCUCACCAGGCUUUAGUCCAAAAUGGUUCCAUCUUCUCAGACCGCCCCAAAACUCUUCCCACCAACCAGAUCAUGAAUAGCAACCAACGUAACAUCAGCUCCGGCGCUUACGGCCCGACAUGGCGGAUUAUACGGCGGAAUUUGACGUCCGAAAUCCUCCAUCCCUCACGUAUAAAGUCAUUCUCGCAUGCACGUAAAUGGGUUUGGGAGAUUCUUUUUCAUAGUUUAACGACAAAGGCGAAAACCGGAGAAUCCGUUGAGGUUUUGUCUCAUUUCCGACACGGCAUGUUUUGUUUACUGGUUUUAAUGUGUUUUGGAGACAAGCUUAGCCAAGAGCAAAUAGCAGCGAUCGAGGUUGUCGCUCGGAAGAUUCUUUUAAGCCUUGAUAGGUUCAAUAUACUUAACUUUUGCCCUAGUGUUACCAAGGUUUUGCUUCGACAUAAAUGGCGGGAGCUUUCCCAGUUACGUAAGGAGCAAGAAGAAGUGCUGAUUCCAUUAAUAAGAGCAAGAGAGAAAGCUAAACAAGAGUUGAAAAACAACGAGAGUGAUGAUUACGUUUUGGCUUAUGUUGAUACUUUGUUGGAUUUAGAGUUACCAUUGGAGAAAAGGAAGCUUAAUGAUGGCGAAAUGGUAACGUUAACCUCGGAGUUCCUCAACGCCGGCACCGAUACAACCUCCACCGCACUGCAGUGGAUCAUGGCGAACUUGGUGAAAUACCCACACAUUCAAAACAAAUUAUGGCUGGAAAUCAAAAGCGUUGCGGGGGAUAACGAAGUGAUCAAAGAAGAUGAUUUGCAGAAGAUGGCAUAUUUGAAAGCGGUGAUAUUGGAAGGACUAAGAAGGCACCCACCGGGACACUUUGUGUUGCCUCAUCGAGCGACUGAAGACACCGUCUUGGGUGGUUUCAAGGUCCCGAAAGACGGAACGAUCAAUUUCAUGGUGGCGGAUAUGGGGUGGGAUCCCGAUGUUUGGGAAGAUCCAAUGGCGUUUAAGCCGGAAAGGUUCUUGAAAACCGGUGAUUCCGAUGAGCAAGUGUUUGAUAUCACAGGGAGUCGAGAGAUUAAGAUGAUGCCAUUUGGAGUUGGAAGAAGGAUUUGCCCUGCACUUGGGUUAGCACUUCUGCAUUUGGAGUAUUUCGUGGCGAAUUUUAUUUGGAAAUUUGAAUGGAAAGCCGUUGAUGGAGAUUCCAUUAGCUUGGAGGAGAAGCAGGAGUUCACUGUAGUCAUGAAAACUCCACUGAAGGCCCAAAUCUCAGUCAGAAAGAAGACAAAUUAA